GUCCAACAAAGAUGUCGGUAUCUGUAUUGUUCGGCAAAAGAGAGAUGAUAUUGAAUGAAGCUGUCGCGAAUGAGUCUUAGAAAAAGGCUCGAGUAUACGCGGUAUUUUUCUCUUUCGAUCGAGUCUACUUUCGAUCGCUACUGUACAAGUGCGAAGUGAGAAUACUGGGGAGGACAGAGUGGGGGAAAAGCGUAGCUAGGUCCGCAGAGAGGGAGGACGCGAAAGAGCGCGCGCCGUGUUUCCAUGCUCCCUAUAAUGAGGUGGUGGGGAUAGGAAAAAAAGCGCUGCGAAGCGGAGAGCCUAGUACUUGGUUCGGCCAUCUUGUUAUACCUCAGUCGGAAACCAGCUGCCGAGUUAAGAGCAGUGAGGGAAGGUGAACGGUAGAGAAGGCCAGAUGUGUUAACACGAAGGAUUUUUAAUGAGCUUCCGAGCCGAAUCAACGCUACGUGCGAACGGGCUUUGCGAUAGCGACGGAUUUUCAACAUCCACAACAUCAACAAUAUCAGCGACGUCGAAGUUGCAGUUACAUCGAGCGGUUUGUUUCGCAUUUGCGAAAGAACCAAAAGGUGUAGUCGAUCCGUCUAAUAAGUGGGAAGAUAAAACAACAAACCUUCGCUGGAAUUUGGAUUUGGUGAUAGCGAGACUUGUACGUCGUUGCUUCUUCUUGGUGAAAUAAACAAGAGAAGCUCGACCGAACGUUUUGCAUUUUAAGGGUGGGAGGGAGAAAGAAAGAGAGAAAGCAAGGAAGAGAUAGAGGUGGGAGGAGAACGAGUGUUUUGGAGAACGUUUGUGGCUGAUAAGAGAAGAAAAAAAAUAUUAUCAGUCGUUAAUAUAUUAUUUUAUUCGAAAAAAGUUUACAUCUGGUUUUUUUCGAGUGUUUCCGAAGCUACGUCAUCAGGAAAAGAAGAACAGGGAGAGGAGAAAAUCUUGGAUUCACUUUGAAGAAGGAAAAUAAAGAAGGAACCUUCCGUCGAGAAGGAAAAGUGCAGUGUCAAAGUCUGUGAUAGUAUUUAUUCAAGAUUAAAGAAAAAAGAAAUUAAAACAUAAAAAACAACAACGCAAAGAGAAGGAAGAAACAAAGUGAAAAGGAGAAUAUCGCUCACGAAUCAACGAAGAUCGUAAUUGGGGCUUUUGUAUUGAAGAUCCAUCGAGAAGAAGAAAAUCUCAUUUCUGCCCCUCAAGUCGUGAGUGAGAAAGCGUUUAGAUAAACUUUGUAUAUUUAUUUAUAUCUGUGAUACCUACCACUGAUAAAUACAUCGAUCUGGGAAGGAGUUAGUAGCCAGUGGUGUCUUAAAAAAUCAUCUGGUCAGGAGCCACACAAGCAAGAAGAGGAAUUUUUGUCACAAACGCCUCGUCUCGGAAGGAGCAAAAAAUAAAAUACAAAUCCUGUAUGGACGAAGCGUUUUCGUAUGCGACGAAAAUAAAACACAAAGAGAGCACGAUCGUUGUAAACAGUAAACCUUAGUGGUUAGGCGUUUUUUGUAAAUACGACUGAACUCUUUUUUACAAUUAUUGAUACCGGUGCGGUUGAGGAGCGAUAGAAGAGAAUUUUAAAGAGAAAAAAGAUAUAUAUAUAUAUAUAACGAGAAUAUUAAGUUCGCGAUCGAAAUUGUAACCAUUCGAAAAACAACAACAACAACAACAAAAUUCGACUUUCCGCUUUUUCGGGUCUCAAGAUUGAUAAAACUCGCUCGAACAUGGUGGAGAAAAUCGUUGAGGAGCAAGAAACCGAGCGGCAGGACGCCGGAAGAGGCGUUGCGAGAGAUGUGACAUCGGCAGGCGAGUCACUGAGUGCCGUACAGGUGCGUCAAGAAGAAGCUAGACGUAAAAGACGAAGGAAGAAGCGUUCUGGCACGUCCCUCGUAUCUUCUUGCUUCCAAGAACUGUACAAGCUGACCGGAGAGGUACUUGGUGAAGGUGCAUACGCCUCGGUACAAACGUGCGUCUCUCUUUACACCGAUCUCGAGUACGCCGUGAAGAUAAUCGAUAAAAUUCCUGGUCAUGCAAGAGCGCGUGUUUUCAAAGAGGUCGAGACGUUUCAUCAUUGCCAGGGCCAUCCUAAUAUCAUUCAUCUCAUCGAAUUUUUUGAGGACGAUGAUCGCUUCUAUCUCGUUUUUGAGAAAAUCAACGGUGGACAGUUGCUGCGAAGGAUCGAAGAACGCGUCCACUUCAGCGAGCGUGAAGCCAGUCAAAUUAUCAAGGAAAUUGCGAGCGCAUUGAAUUUCAUCCACAAAAAAGGCAUUGCACACAGGGAUUUAAAGCCGGAGAACAUACUUUGCGUAUAUCCUGACAAGUUGACGCCCAUCAAAGUCUGCGACUUUGAUUUGGGCUCUGGGAUCAAGUUCAACAAUACAAUGUCGAGUCCUUUAGCAACACCGCAACUCUUAACCCCCGUUGGUAGCGCCGAGUUUAUGGCGCCGGAGGUUGUCGAAGCUUUCAUCGGGGAAACGAGCUACUACGACAAACGGUGCGAUCUCUGGAGUCUCGGUGUUAUAAUGUACAUUUUGCUCUGUGGUUAUCCACCGUUCUACGGCAAUUGCGGCACCGAAUGCGGCUGGGAGAGAGGAGAGACUUGCCAAGCUUGUCAGGAAUUACUCUUCACCAGUAUACAACAGGGGAGAUACGAUUUUCCUGACAAAGAGUGGUCGACGAUUUCCGAAGACGCGAAAGAUCUUAUCAAAGGCCUACUCGUCAAAGAGGCACAUCGAAGACUCAGCGCCGAAUGCGUUCUCAAUCAUUCGUGGAUCAAUCCGGGACCGAGCUGCCCCGUUUCGGGCAACAGGCCUCUCGAUACGCCUCAGAUCAUUCGUCGAAACAACUCCGCUCGUGAAUUGUCGGCAUUUGCUGAAUCCGCAAUGGCCGUAAACCGUGUCGUGCAUCAGCACUUUUCGAUGAAUCUUGAGGAGCUGACGGAAUAUCGGGAGCAAAGAUUAUCAACAUCUUCGACCGACGACGACAAUCAUCCAUACGGUCACAUGUCCGAUUCGAGCAGCGAGUUGUCAGAACACAGCAAACACGGUGCUGUACACUCAUCAUGCGAGUUCGAUUCAGGCACUCGGCGAAAGUCCUGUUCCGUUCAUUCGAGCAUCGAGCUCGCUACCGAGCCAAAAAUAAUCGGCGGUAAUCGUCUUUUGGGUAAGGACACGUUGAACAAUUUGUACGGCUUGUCGCCCCCCAGCGAGAGUAGACUUAUGCAACGUCGUAUGAAAGCGCGCUCGAAUUUGUUGGAACGCCAGAGUCCGGCCAUCGUCGCGUCACCGAGUGGCUGAAAAAGUUCUAAAUGCAAUAAGAGCGAGAGGCAGCGCGCCCGCCCGCGUGCAUUGAACAUCUCCAAAUCUCAUUUCGACGUUUCUCCAAUUGUUGGCCUCGAUGGAGGAAGAUAGUAAUGGACGGGUGACAAUGUUGAUGAAAAGAAAACGAAGAUAAAAAUUUCAAAAUAUAUCAUAUUAACAGCAAGAAACACCAAUGACGAGAGAAAGAAGAAAAAAAACAACGCCAUAAUAAUAUUUAAAAAUUGCCACGAUAAUAAUUGUAUUUGCGUUACUGCGAGCUGCUGUACCACGUUUUUGUCUUGUUUUUAAACAUUUUUCUUUAUAUUCAGUAGCGUUUAUUACCAAUACAAUCGAGUUUAUUUUACUCCGGGUAAAACAGCGGCUUUCCUUUUCGCUCACCAAUAUCAGAUUUCUUUUUAAAAAAUUAUCUUGCAACCAGUUAUGCUUCUUUUUUUUAAAUGAAUUUUACUCGCCGUCCGGUGGGAUGUAGAUUGCGUUUUGUCUUCUGGAUGGGGAUCGGGUUCUGCCCGUUUGUCCAGUAUUUAGUAAACGUGUUUUUGAAAUAUCAGUCGAUCAUAAUUUCUUAAACAUUCAAUUGCUUAUUUUUUUCUCUCUCGUUUUUAUACGCAAGAUAAUGUAAAAUCGGCCGCAGUUCGGUUUAAAUUAAACUGUAAGAAUUUUAUGUAUGAUUAUACGACGCAUAGUACAUACAAUAUAUAUAUUAUACACUUAAUGAGCGAAUAUCGUCGUUCAAAACGUUAUCUAGAUCAGAUUUGUGGUUUCCUCUGCGAACAACGCAAGUUAUUUUGACGACGUUACUAAGACGUAUGCAUAUAUAUAUUUCUGGAUAUGCGUGGUGUACACACGUAACUCCUGUUUCUAUUUGUCGGAUGAAUAUCGCUACCUCUUAGUGUCUUUUGAAUUAUUUUCUUGUCGCUUCAACGCGCGUAUAUUUACGCACACGUGUUCGAGUCGGUUUUUUUCAGCACUGAACUGCUUCUCCUCAUUAUUCUUGAUUUUUUUUUGUCCGUUCGAAUAGAAACUGCAUUGAUUCGGUUAAAAAAAAAAAAGCGAGACAAACAUAUAUGAGAUGAGAACCUUGGAAAUCUUGUGGACCGAAAUAGCGCCUGCCUCGAAAAAGAUGGCAUCGUCGAUGCGUGGAAAUAAUUUGCCCAUUAGAUUAUAGCGCAGAGUCGUUGAUCGGCUAGUUUUUUCUUCAUAAAAUAAUGAAAAUGGAAAAAUUGAUGUUUCAAUGAUUGGAAAUGAAAGGAACUAAAAAAAGUUACGACACGGGACAAAUUCUCUAGGCAACCACGAGCCUUCUCCUGUAGAGCCUCUUGCGUCCUUCUUUUUCCGUUUGGUCCGCAGAUCUCGUCAUGUAAAUAUGCCGCUUCGUGGAACGCAGCUCGCGCGAAAUUGAUGGAAAUUGUGAGAGAGUUAUGAAGGAGGCUGAGGAAAGAAAAAGAAGAAGGAAAAACUUGACAAAUUAGUACCUGUAUUGUAUGCAAAUAAGGCGAAUGGACGAAGAGAGAGAAAGAGAGAGUGUAGUUUUUAAGAAAGUAGCCAGCGAAAGGGAGGGAGAGAGAAAGAGAGAUGAACAGACAAGGAGAUAAUGUGGGGAACAACCACACCCGAAGUCGAGCUCGAUGUGUGACUGGCAAAAAGUUUGCUUCUGUCUUUUCAGCCGCUUUAUCGAAUAGCCUUAAGGUUAAAACCAUAAAAUUUGUUGAGAUCGCUAAAAUCGAAAAAUUGUUGCUCAAUUUACUCCCCUCGCAACUAUCGGCAGUUAAUGGAAGCGAAGCGUAGACGAGAAUUGAUUUUUCUUCCGGUAUCUUUAACAGUUCCGGCUUUAUAAUUUGGCGAGCCAAACUUGGCGCUACACUGAUUACUUUUUUUUUUUUUGGACCUCGCCUGUUCUCCUGCAGUAUUCCGUUGAGCAGCGAGAAAUUGUCUUCGGAAAUAAUAAAUGUCGAAAACUCAUAUUUUCUCUUUGAAUUACGGCUUCUUUUGCUUCGAACGAACUCGCGAUUCAACUACCUCGAGAGCCAUCCAAUCAGAGAACGGUCCAAACCUAAUCCUCCAAGGGACCGAAUCUUUUUCAAUUCCUCCACCGAUUGUGCGUGUCGUCAUAACUUGCUUCUCAUUUUGUUAACGCUCCCUUUGCGACGACACACAUAUAAGUAGUAUUUUCUUUUCUCUUUUCUGUUCUUAUUAUUUAUAAACGCAUCUCGUUUACCCUCGACUUCAUUUGGAACUGUUGAAAAAAUUGAAAAAAAUAAAAAUGCAACUACACUGUCGAAAGUGUGGGAGGCUGUUUGUUUGCAAGACAAUUAAAAAUGUAACUGCAAAGAAUUCUCACACAUUAUCCAUGAAUUAUCGAUUCACCACACAUUUCAAAGAGAGAAACAUUUAUUGUACACGUGAACAGACAUAAAAUAUGUAUAGAUUAACAUAUUUUAUGAUGCUACUCGAAAGUGAGAAUAUCUACGAUUAUAAGAAAUAUUGUAGAAAGAGAACGGAAAUUCAACAAGUUUUUCUCGUUCGUUUCUUUUCUUUUAUUUUUUUUUUUUUAUUGAUUACAAAUUGAAAAUCCGCAAUUGUAUGCGGUUGGAGGUUCAAAACAAAAAAUUGGACACUAUUCAAUCUCGUAGUUCUUCCUUGGAAGGGGACAUCAAUCAAGGAGCCUCUCAAAUCUUAAUCAAUAACAGUCGCUGAUAAUCGAGACGAUCCUUGGAAAAAGUAACCGUGCCACAUUGCCGGGUCACUUCCGUAUUUUCGACGUCAUCUGUAAAAACGUGUUUCUGUUCUAAGUUUAUCGAUUUUACUUUUCAUCUUUUUUGUUUUGCUUCAUUACAAUAUUCCACAUGAAAACACGUUUGUUCAUGGGGAUAACAGAAAAAAAAAACAAUCUCAAAGCAUCUUGUCGGAGGGGACCCUUUCUUCCUAUCUCCAAAAACGUCUCGGGACAAAACACAUGGCUCGGUUAUAUCGUUAAGUGUAGAGAUUAAAACAGAAAAUUGGAAAACCAACGCAAAAAAAAAAACAAAAAAUAUUUUAUUUGUAAAUAUGGAUGAGAGUGAAUGAAUCAUGAACGACGCGAGAAAAAAGAAAACGAGAAAAACAAAUUCACAUUUGUAAUCGAGAGGGCGCGAUAUUUGCAGCGAAGUAUUUAGAGGGUGGCAAAUAUUCGAUUUAACAAACAUACACACACACACACACAGAUACACUCAUGAAAAAUGUAGAAAAACCGCGAAUAAUAACGACCAACGACGAGAAUCUCAAGGCUUUCGACGCCAUGUUUUUUUUUUUUUUUUUUUUAAUUGGAUCUCACUUGUACAUUUUAUAAUCCAACUGUAUAGCGCAAGAAAGAAAACAAAGUAAUGAAUAACGAUGAUGAUGAUAAUAAUACCAACGCCGUCGCAGGCUCGCAGUGAAAAGAGGGGGAAAAAAACAUUUCUAGUGUCAAUCUUCGAAUCGUCCGAUCUCGAAAGCGAAUUUACGAAUUCCUCUCUCUCCAACAAACAAAAGAUGAAAAAAAAAAACAAUAGAACAAAAUAAAUUUAUUGUGAAACCGAGGAAGCAGAAGUUACGUAGUUUUUACUGUGCAUGAGUGUGAGAAUGUGGCGAGAGAAAACAAUUUUGAAAAUGGACGAAAAAAAUAUAUAUAUGAAUCGUACACAAAAAAAAAUGGCCAUAAUAAAGAUAAUUGCAAACGUAAUGCGUAAAACUUAAGAUUAUGCGAGUGUUUGCGGAAGAAGGAGAUCAAGAAAAAGAAAGAGCGUUAACGAUCUUUUGCUGAAGCAACAGAGCAGAUACGAAAUUAUAAGAUGUUAAGGGAGAAAAGAAAACUAACUAUUAGCAGUUAAGAGAAAGAGUUGGAAAAAAGAUAGAGCCAGCUCUUCCUCGAUAAAGCGUCGUAAGGCUUAUCUUUUAAGGUAUCUCUGCGCAAACGACUCGUUAUAUUUUCGCGACGUAUUAUAGAUUUCUUAAAUUCAUCGACAACAGAAUGAUUUUUCGUUGAUUCGAAAAAUAAGAAAACGAAAAUGUAAACGUUGAAAGGAUGGGAAAAGAAAACAAAAAGGAACGUGCAUCUUUGCGCAGUAGUUGGCUAUACAUGUACACACGCAUUUGUAUGAAAAUAUAUAUGCAUGUAUAUUCAUACACAUGCAUACAUCGUACUUUCUCUCUUCGAAACUAGUAUAACUUUCCAGAGGUCUGCACAAAAUCCGUAGCUUCUAUCGAAAGAUUAAAAAAACGAAAGGACGUAUCGGCAGAGAUGAGAGAGAAAUCUCGAUGCUACAACAUCAACUUCAUGCAAAAAAAAUACAAAUUUGAGAGAAAGAUUAUAAUAAUUAAUAUUAACGAUAAUAAUAAUGAUAAUGGAAGACACGGAGAACCAAAACUUCUCCUACCCUGGUCGUCUCGCCGAAUGUGUGAUUGAAUAAGGAGAGACUGUUGAGUUGGACAUAGGCAUAUAUAUUUGUAUAUAUAUGUGUCGAGGAAGAAAUGAUCCAGGGAGGGGGGAUGAAAACAAGAUUUUCGUUACUUUUUUUAAAACCGCGAGGAUGAAGGAUGUAAGAACGGGAGAAACGCAAGAGCGAGCGCGCAAGCGAGAAACAACAGAACAAAGAAACAAUCAUUGAAAAUGAUGAGAAAAGAAUAAUAAAAAAAAAAGACAAAAUGCACUAA